AUGUCAGACACCACAAAAGAAAUCAAUUCAUUAGCAAAAGAAUUGAAAUCACAUUUAAAACAAUUUCCAAAUUUCCCAAAAGAAGGUAUUUUAUUUGAAGAUUUUUUACCAAUUUUUACAAAACCUGAAUUAUUUAAUAAAUUAAUUACUGCUUUUAAAUUACAUGUUGGUGAUAAAAAAAUUGAUUAUGUUAUUGGAUUAGAAAGUAGAGGGUUUUUAUUUGGACCAACUUUAGCUUUAGCUUUAAAUGCUGGAUUUGUACCUAUUAGAAAACCUGGAAAAUUACCAGGUCCAACUUAUAAUGUUGAAUUUAAAAAAGAAUAUGGAUCAGAUAUAUUUGAAUUACAAAAAGAUGUUAUACCAAAAGGUUCAAAAGUUAUAAUUGUUGAUGAUAUUUUGGCAACUGGUGGUUCAGCUUUUGGAGCAGGAGAUUUAGCACAACAAACAGGUGCUGAUAUUUUAGAAUUUUUGUUUGUAAUGGAAUUAGAUUUUUUAAAAGGUAGAAAUAGAUUACAAGCACCUUCAUUUACAUUAUUUGGUGGACAAGAAGAAAAAUAUAAAGAUUAA